AUGAUUGACUCCAUCCCUACUCAUGUCAAGCAGCUGGAUAGGCUCAUCCGUGUUUCUGAUCGUUCGUGUAUAGAUAAUCUGCGGAUGGAUAGAAACACUUUCGGAAGAUUAUGUCGCAUUCUGCGUUGUCGGGCUGGAUUAGCAGACCAAAAAUUCGUCACCGUGGAGGAACAAGUUGCUAUAUUCUUGUCCAUUCUAGCACACCACAAAAAGACUCGGGUUGUUGGCCACGAUUUCAUGUGUUCUCCUGAAACAGUGUCUAAAUACACACAUUUGGUGCUCCGUGGGGUGCUCAAUUUGCAUGAGCUGUUAUUAGUGAAACCUGAACCGGUUGGUGAUGACUGCACGGACUCACGUUGGAAGUGGUUUAAGUGGGAAGGCUUGACCCUCACCAUUUCACAUUCUGUCCUGUUUUCAGAUUGCUAUUAUCUCUGCGACAAUGCGUAUGCCAACAGCGAGGGAUUCAUCACACCCUACAAAGGCCUUCGGUACCAUUUGAAGGAGUGGGGUCAUGGAACCCAAGCACCGCAAACAGCCGACAAAUUGUUCAACUUGAAGCACUCUAAAGCUCGGAACGUGAUUGAGCGUUCGUUUGCUGUGCUCAAGAUGCGUUGGGGGAUACUUCGCAGCCCAAGCUUCUAUCCUAUCGAGGUCCAAACGGGCUUGAUAAUUGCCUGUUUCUUACUUCAUAAUUUUAUACGCACUCAUAUGGAGGUGGAUCCGUACGAGGAAUUGGUUCUGGCUCAACAUGAAGACGGUUAUGAGAGUGAUCCCGAUGACCCUUUGGUGCCCACUAUCUCUACCGUCGCGCCAACACCCAUGUGGACGAAGAAGAGGGACGACCUUGCUGCUGCGAUGUGGGCUCAUAGGCCAAACGUUUGA